CCUUCCUUUUGCUCUGGAGGGGAUCUCAGUUGCAAAGGCAUUUGUUUCUGCCCGGGAACUAUUUCCUUCGCGACCGCGUCUGGUGUCCUGGAGACCGCAGGGGAGGCGAAGAGAAGAUGCUGAACGUCGACCGUCUUUCCCAGUCUGGACUCGACUAUCUGGCACAGAGGCAUGUCCUCAUGUAUAUGGAAGAUGCAGUGAGCCAGCUCCUGGAAAGCAGAGAGGAUAUUACUCAAUAUGGUAUUGCCAGGUUUUUCACUGAAUAUUUUAACAGUGUGCGUCAAGGAACUCACGUUUUGUUCCGCGAGUUCAGCUUUGUGCAAGCUACACCCCACAAUAGAGCAUCCUUUCUAAGGACUUUCUGGAGGUGUUUCAGAGCAGUGGGCAAAAAUGGAGACUUGCUGACUGCCAAGGAAUAUCACUGCCUGUUGCAGCUGCUUUGCCCUGACUUUCCAAUGGAGCUUACUCAGAAGGCAGCAAGGAUUGUGUUAAUGGACGAUGCUGUGGACUGCUUGAUGUCUUUUUCAGACUUCCUGUUUGCUUUCCAGAUCCAAUUUUACUACUCUGAGUUCCUUGAAAGUGUGGCUGCCAUCUAUCAAGAGCUCCUGACUGGCAAAAAUCCAAACACUGUCAUUGUGCCUACAUCAUCCUCUGGGCAGCAUCGUCCACGCCAGACACUAAGUGACUGCAGCCCACUUGAUGGGGUGGAUGCAGCUGCAUUUUUUCAGUGCCUUGAGUCUUUGUGUGACAGGUCAAAAUACAGCUGCCCCCCAUCUGCUGUUGUCAAGGAUGUUCUGAGCAGUGUGCAGAGAUUGACCUUCUAUGGAUUCCUAAUGGCUCUUACAAAGCAUCAUGGGAUCAACAGAGCCCUUGGUGCGCUUCCAGAUAAAGCAGAACUUCUGCUAGACCCACUUAUGGACCAAGAACUAGAAAAACUCACAGCCCAAGUCGCAGGGAUCUCCAUCUCCAGUUCUCCCAUCUCCAGUGGGGAUAUUGCAAAUUUGCCUUCCCGCCAGUCACCUAGGAUCAGUUUCCCUUGGCGGCCUCUCUACCACCGCCGGAAAAUGGACACUGAAAGUGAUGGCUCCACAGAAGAGACGGAUUCGUCUGAGAAUUAAUGGAGGCCAGAAGCACCAGCUCACAUCCAGAGUCUGAAGGCACGGGAAUCAGGAGAAGAGGCACAUCUUGCACCUCUUGGCCAUCUUUGUACUCAGUUGCCUUCUUGCCACAUCAACACUACAAUGCAUGCACGUUCAUGUAUCUUCCUGUUAACAAGGCUUAACAACUCUGUUCUAACCAAAAGUGCGCCAUUUGCAAGGCUAUACUGCCCUCUAAUGGCAAGCAAGGCAAAUGAACAGAACAGAGAUACCCUCUAACCCCUAUGCUUCAUGGCUCAUCCAUUUCUUCCCAUCUCGUCACAUGCAAAAUAAUAGCCCUAGCCCAAAUUUGGAUGCUUUGCCAAACUAGUUUUUUUCCUUUCCCAGUAACCAGCAUUUUAAAUCAAAUGCAAACUGUUAUUUACAGGGCACUGGUAAGCCGAGUUAUACUCUUGUAAGUCCAUUUAUGUUACUGGGGUUAGACAAGCAUGAAAUGUAUUUAGUUUGCAGUGUUAGAAUCCCAGGUAUUAGAAGCCCCAGUUUAAGAUGCCCCAAAUUCAGAUGCCAUAAAUUACAAUUAGGGCAGCGGCUUCCUAUGAAGUGGGGGACCUUCCAUCAUUGCACCCUGUGGGGGAGUUGAAGGGAGAGAUAGGAAUGAGCACAUGAGGAUUAUUUGAGCCUCAUUCAUGGAUGAAUAAACUGCAAUUUGUUGUGACUGAACAGAACCCAAUAAAGACUCUGCUGCACUGCU